CUUACUCGCGUUGACGGCUUGGCGCCCUCCGUCAUGACUUCCUGGAAGACUUCCUGGAAAACUUCCCCCAUGCUGAUAGCCCGGCCAUCUCUUCCGAACAAGCUCCAAUUCCUCGGCGACACAUCAAUUGCACUGGCACCGUCCUUCCCUCAUCUACUUCACACCGGAAGAUCCAAUGAUGAGCCGCUCGGGUCGGCUCGCGAGCAGUUUUGCCCAGCGGUCUUACACUUCUUCGACUCCAACGCCACGCCUCUCGAUAUCGACAUGUCCUUGCCAUAGCGCCGCCUUCCGCACCCAAGAGCCUCAUGUCGCGUCACAUCACUCUGCCAGGCGGCGAAAUCAGUCAUCGUGGGCGGCCGCGGCGCAAGCUGCCAGUGUUGCGCAGCACAUCAGGGCCGCGCCGCCACCAGAUGCGCCGCUCAAGAUGGAUCCCUUCCAGACUGUAGCACGCGAGAUGAAGUUCCUGACGGGGAACAUAAGAUCACUACUCGGCUCUGGACACCCUACCCUGGACACGGUCGCCAAGUAUUACACGCAAAGCGAGGGCAAAUACGUGCGCCCCAUGCUCGUCCUGCUCAUGAGCAGAGCCACAGCAUUGACGCCAAAGAUCGCACGUGCAGGAUGCGGCAGCAACAGCGUCGACGCCCCCAUCACCAGCUCCUCAACACUCAGCGACGACAACCCCGACGCGAGUAUAUCCCACAUCGCACACGACACCGCCUACACCUCCGCCGACUCGGACAUCCUCCCCUCGCAGCGCCGCCUCGCCGAGAUCACGGAACUCAUCCACACCGCCUCCCUCCUCCACGACGACGUUAUCGACCACUCGGUCGCCCGGCGCAGCGCGCCCUCGGCAAACAUCGAGUUCGGCAACAAAAUGGCCGUCUUGGCCGGCGACUUCCUGCUGGGCCGCGCCUCCGUCGCGCUUGCACGCUUGCGGGACCCAGAAGUGACAGAGCUGCUCGCAACUGUCAUUGCGAACCUCGUUGAGGGCGAGUUUAUGCAGCUCAAGAACACCGCGCGGGACGAGAAGAAUCCCGUCUGGACCGAGGACACUGUGACGUACUACCUGCAGAAAACAUAUCUCAAGUCCGCGUCCCUGAUUUCGAAAUCGUGCCGUGCUGCUGCUGUGCUGGGUGGGAGCACGCCCGAGGUCGUCGAGGCGAGUUACCAGUACGGAAAGAAUCUGGGCAUGGCGUUCCAGCUGGUCGACGACAUGCUGGAUUACACAAUAAGCAGUGAGGAGCUGGGGAAGCCGGGUGGUGCGGAUUUGGAGCUUGGGCUGGCGACGGCGCCGUUGCUUUUUGCGUGGAAAGACAACAAGACACUAGGAAAGCUUGUGGGUAGGAAGUUUGGGGAGAAGGGGGAUGCGCAGAAGGCACGUGAAAUCGUACUCGCCAGCACCGGUCUUCAGCAGACACGCGUCCUAGCCCAAGACUACGUCGAUAAAGCCAUCGAAGCCAUUUCGCCCUUCCCGGACAGCGACGCCAAGAACGGUCUGAUCGAGAUGUGCACCAAGGUUCUGCGGAGGAGAAAGUAGAGCACGGUUUGGGUUGUUUUGUGUAUAAGUACUGUACCUUUUGCGAGCAUAAGACGCACACUGCGCUGCGCCUGGCGCGAAACGAGAUGGGAGGCUAGUCAUCCGUCCGUUUGUUUGGGAUUUGACUGUAUAUAUAUUGUAUCUACACUACUAGAAGCAUGGUGCGUAGAGAAGCAAUUCGCAUUUCGAUCCAACGGCAUAGCACCAAGAUCCAUCACGAGUGGACGCUGUUCGCUACGGGUUCACAUGUGGACUAUACUUACAACCUGGAUCGCCUUGAUGGCGGGUUUGAAGGGAUUCGUAGUCGAGCGCCUUGCCAUUGGGCGAUUCGGCCAGAUGUUGAUCUGAUAGAUGAGAGGACAACAUGCAAAGCACUUGAUAUCAAUGGACAUUCUCAUCUGUUUGUUCAG